GAGCAGGCAUUUACUCAAGCUGACCAGGAAUAUAGUGCAUACAUACAAGAUGAAUCUGGAGGAAAGGGGUUACUGGCGGACAAGCUACGUGCGCUCUGCUUUAUCAGCCAGGGGCUGGACUUGAUUUGAUCUCUGGACCUUCAUAUUGAGCAACACAAAAAGAGACCGGCAGCUCCAGAAUCAGUUAGUUAGAAACAAAGGCAGGGUAGAAGGAGGACGUGAACCAAAGAAAGUCAGAGAAAAACAAAAAAGAAACAGAAACAACAGGCUGAGUUGUAAUAGCUUGACAAGGGAAAGCAGCAGUUGUAAAACAGAGUUAACCAUUAAUACAAGCUCUUUUAGGUACAAUGGUGGACAGACCUCUUUAUUGGACGUUUUGGGGAGUUGUAUGAAAGAUUUGAGAGGACAGGGGGUGGGGGGAGGGGGGUCAGAGGCAAGGGUCCGGUAGAGAGUAAUUGUGGUGACAGCCAGUGCAAGGGGACAAGGACUCAUGUGAGACACAGAGGAAUUAAAAGAUAAAAGACACAGAGAAAGAACACAGAGAGACUGGCAGACCCCAAAACUGGACUUCAGUAUGGGUGUAAAGAGCAAGGCUGCUGCAGCUAUCUUAAUCCUGCUGCUGUUCCUUGGCUCCCUGUGGCUCCAAGGAGGUUUGGAUUACCACUGGGAUUCUUGUUUAAAAGGUUAUAAUCAGGUGAAUAAGCUUCACCAGCUGUCCAACAGCAGUGGGGCUAAUGGAGCUGAGGUCUCACAGAUCCUGGAGGGUUGUCCUGGUCAGACCUUCCAGGUGUCACUGCUGCUCUCCCACCUGUUGGCUGCACCAGCCUACACCUCCGACGUGCUGCUGCAGCCCUAUCUGUCCAGCUGGGAUGAGCUUGUAAAGUUUAUGGAGGCUUUGGGCCCGAUGGUGGGACUGAUAUCUAAAGAGAUAGAAAGCAAAACCACCAUAAUCCGCCAACUGGCCCUCUCGGCAGAGGAGAACCCUGAAGCAGAGCUUGGCUCAAAUGUACACUCAAUAAACUCUGUGAGCACCGAGGCCGACACAAAGAACAGUGUAGAGGCCUCACAGCACACUAGUGCUUACCACUCUGUGCGCUCCAUGAUCGGGGUUGAACUGGACCGAGGUGUGGUAGACUUCCACCACCAGACGGACUCUGGAUGUCGGACUCUUCUGCGUCUGCAUCGUGCUCUACUUUGGCUAAAACUCUUCCUAGAGAAGCUGGCUGAGACACCCGUGGCCAGUCGGCUCAGGAGUCCCUCAGACCUGUGUCGAGAGGCCUACCAGAGCACCCUCGCAAACCACCACACAUGGUUUGUCCGCAGGGCUGCCGAGCUGGCCUUCAUUGCCUUGCCAGAACGGGGUUUCUUCUUCAGGCUGGUGUGUGUGCAGAACCAGGAAGAGCUGAGCGCAGUGCUGAACACAGUAGUUCACGUUAUCGGAGAGGUUUACAACAGGACGCAGAAAGCCCUGGAGGAAAAUGGCAUGCUGGACUUGCCAUAGAAAACAGGACUAUCAAACAUAUAGUCUCUGCUGGUGUUUUACCAUGAUUUGUUCUGUCCUCAUGAUGUCACAUCUAGCUAUUAAUGAGGUCUAAACUGGAGGAGACAUGAAUAUACUUGAUUUUUUCAGCUAAAAUUUAAAUGUGCCAUACUUUUCUUCCCAACCAAAGUGCUGUAUCAACAAUCAAGUAAUACUGAAAGUCAGUUUGCUUUCAGACAUUCUUCAUCAAAUUUUAUCAGAUAAUGUCUCGACUUCUCUUCACCUUAGAGGUAUUCUUAAGGCAGCUGAUAUAAUGUAUUUAGGCUGUCUAAACACAGACUGUGAAUUAUUUAAACAGGUGGACACAACAUGAACAUGAUCACCUCCACUGUAACACAUGUCACUGGGGAGCUGAUCUUGUGAUGGACUGUAAAGUUUGUGUUUUUGUGCCUAACCCCAUAUGUGAUUGGUGAUUUUCUUUUUCUACAGUUAAAAUGCUAUUGAAAAUGACUGCUAUUUAAUAGAAUUUAAAGGAGAUAUUUGUAAUUGCUACGUAGCAGAGGUUAGCUUUAACAGUUGUUCACUUACCAGUCUAGAACUAAUGUUGCAAUUUCAGCAUCAGUCUUCAUUGCUUUAUGCACCAAGAGCUGUCUCCAGCGGUGGAAAGCAAGCCUCUUAUUUUACGCCUAUUUCUAUCACUUCUUUUCCUCUAUUGACGUUACCAUACUAACCAGCUAGCCCUGGCCCAGACGGACCAUCUUGUCACUUUCUGAUAGUGAGUCACUGUAGCGUCCAGUCUGCCCUGAAGAACUAGUGCUGGUAAGAGGAUGUAUUAUAACCUCUAGUUAACACAACAAUGGCUGAAGCUCCUGGCAAGAUUGGUAAGUAAACAGCUGUCGAUGCUAAUCUUGGCUAUGUAGCAUUAUCAAAACUUACAAAUAGUUCCUUUAAUGCUUGGUGAUUUAGAAUGCUACCUCAAGACUGGCGAGGUCUACGUGCCUUGUAGCCCUAAAAUUUGGGAUCAGUCUAUCCUGAUUAAAGAGGUAAUACACAAAAAAUGAAUAUAUGCAGAGCAAAUGACUAUAUGGUGCUCCACAGUCAAUGUGGUGUUCAGUAUUAAUUCCUCAGUUUUACAUUGUAAGUUUUUGUAUCAUGUUCAGAAUAAUUAAAUAUGUAUAAAAUGAGUAAGGGAUCAGUCCAGUCGCCUGUUUCAUAACAUAAUCUGGUCCAGUAAUGUGAUAACUUUGACAUUUAAAUGCCACUGAACUGUUGUGUAAUGUUAUCCACCAUCCAGCAGAGGUUCCAGCACUCUGCUACAGACUAAUCUUCACUUUCCUUACAUCAUGGUGAAUAUAAUCUGCUCAAUGUGACACUCUUACCUGAUCACAUUUUGUGGAAAUGGCCCAGUGGCAGUGUGAACAGUUUUUUUUUUUUAAAGGCUGUCCCCACUCAUAAUAUCUCUUUGUAAGAAUAUAUUAGAUGUAAAAGCUUAUUCAAAAAAAAGUCCUGAUCUGAAGAAUAUUAAGGGGCUGCAGAUUACUCAGGAUUAUAAUUUAUUGUGUGCGUGUGUAACACGGAGAAUAGUAUGUGCAAAUAUCAGUCACUGGCACUUCUCUUGAUCAGACUAUUUUAAACCUACAAAUACCUCUAAUGCCACAUAAUCCUAGCUCUCUCCCUUUUCCUGGACUGUGCUUUCCCUUUCUCAGGAGGAGACAGUGAAGAAAGGAGAGAGCCUGAGGGCACAGAGUGAACAAGAGACAAGAGCUGGUUGAAGGUCAGUGAGCGGAAGUACACUUCAACUGUAAUCUUGUCAAGCAGUUGGCGGCAGACUGUGUUAGAGCAGCUCCCAAAGGAAAAACGUCAAACCUAAACAAGGAUUCACAUGGUCGAUUGGUAUUUAUGAUUAAGAACAACUAUUUGUUGUACAGGAAUCAAGUCAAGAUUUUAAUCUGUGACCUUUGACCCAAGAUGUGUGUGGGAGGAUGACGUGUUGUGGGUGGUAUUUCCACUACGUAUUCACUUCCUCUCCAUACUUUUGUGAAAAUAAACUGCAGUGAUUCUCACUACUUCACUUCACACAUAAGAACAUGAGACUAUCAUGUCACAUGGCUGCAUGGACCUCUA